AUGUGUGAUAUCAACAAACGAUUUUCGACUGGUAGUGGGUCUAUCAAUGGUACUUCAAUCUGUGAGAACGCUUCCGAUAAUAUUUCGAUUAAGUCAGAGGCCUCAACCGAUCAAACAGAGCCCAAUGAAUUUUUUCAACAACACAACAAGCAGCAGCAGCUCCACCAAACAACUCAGUCGCUGCUAAUGGCCAGUUCAAUGCUGGUGGGCAGUAUGCAUAAUGUGGGAGGAACCUACAAUCAAAAUAAAUCAGAAAAUGAUCAACUGGACAAUCAUGGUCAUUACAGCAGUGCUAACGUGUUUGGUUCCAAUGACUCCAUGAACUCACAAUUCUUACACUAUUCCACAACACCAAUUAGACCAUCGUUGGGUCAACAACAUAUUAUGGGCAUGGCAAAUACUAUGAAUAUAAAUGUCCAUGAUCUGAUUGUGGAAAACCAAGCUUUGCGCGAACAGCUUAAAGAAGUCACAGCAGACCGCGACCGUUUGUUAUGCGAAGUAUCGAAUUUGCGUCUUGAGUUGGAUAUGGUCGAAUUAAAAAAAAUACCAGAAGAAACAAUCUCGAGCAUUAUGGCAGAAACCGAUCUGUACGAUAAAACAAACUCUGAAACAUUUCUCCAGUAUGGCUCCGAUAAGCAACAGCAACCAAUUGUGGUGGUGGUCGGCGAUGGUCGCAGCCGUGUUCGAAAAGUGGUUCGAACAGCCACACGUCACGUAACGGUGGUCAGUUAUUCGACACGGCACAAAGAGACCAGAACACAUACAUCACAUCACGUAACGACUGUAAGCUUUCCUCAAAAAUCCAUUGAACGCAGUGGUUCGACACAGUACGGUAUUGCCGGAAUCCCAGGUUCGAACACUUCCGGCUCGGAAAGCGGAGGAUACGUUUACCUACAACAGCACUAUGUACCAUCGACCGCAUCCUCAAAUUCGGUAAAUUCAAUGAAUUAUCAUAGUGAUAAUCAGUCUGCAAUGAUCUUCCAGCACCACCCACAAUCGUACGCAUCGUGCCAUCAGCAGCAACAACAACAUUUGCCAAUAAAUAUGCAUGGAGGUGGCCUACACUAUGCCCAUCAUAUCAGCACACAUGACCAUGGACAUCACAAAAACAUUCACCAUGUCCACGGACAUCAUCAACAUCACUAUCAUCACGGCGGAGCAGUUGUAAUGGCUGGCAGUGGAGUUGGGACCGGAACUGGCUGUGGCGUCCCCGGUACGUCUCCAUCGUCUAUGCACCAACAAAAUGUGAAUAAGAAGACCUCAAUUCGUAAUGGCAGCGAAGUUUUAAAGCGUUCUAGAACACAGUCAGCGUACGAACUGUCACAAGAUUUGCUGGAAAAGCAAAUAGAGUUACUGGAACGUAAAUACGGUGGCGUGAGAGCUAGAAACGCUGCUAUAACCAUACAGAGAGCCUUCCGGCACUAUAUGAUGGUAAAGAAAUUUGCCUCGAUUACAGCAAUGGCCAAAGCAGAAAAGCGUCUGAGCCGUCGGACUAUGGUAGUGGGUGCUGGCAGUGGGGUGGUGGAUGACACCAUAGUCAAUACUUCUUUAUCAUCGGCUUAUGGCGGCAACGUGGAAUCUCAACCACUAGAUGGAACAAAUGUGAACGCGACAGGAAACCAACAGCAGCCUCGAGUUACUAUAAUGGCUGGUCCACCUGGAGUUGUUAGUGGUCAUCAACCAUUGUCUUCGGGGUCGAGAACACCACCAACACGAUCAUUAUCAAUGCGUGAACGGCGUCACGUGGACGGAGGUACAAUACCGCGAAGUCAAUCGGGAAUGUCUAACACUUCUAUAACAAGUUGUGCAUCCACGGGUGGAAGUGGUUCAAGUCAUCCACAUGUAAAUCUGUUACAUGCUGCCGAACCUCACUAUUACGCAGUACAUAACCUUAGCGGAAAUCAAAUGGCCGCAUAUUGCGGCAGCUACCAUUCUGUACAACACGAUGCAAGUUUUGCUAGUUCGGCAAAUAGCUCACAUCUCGACUCGUCCCUUAAUGUAUCGUGGGUGAAUAAUAGUGGCACAUCUCCACAUACCCCAUACUAUUCAGCUGCUCAAAUCUAUAUGCGUCCACGGGGCUCGUCAUCCUCGUCGCAGGAGCGAAAAAAAGUUCCACCAGAAGUUCCGAAAAGAACUUCGUCUAUUACUGCACAGCAGCACAGCCAAAUGCAAAUGCAACAACACCAAGCUCAUCAGCAAAUGAUGAUAAUGCGCCAAACGCCCCCGCCUCCUUCAAUGAUGCGUACCAAUGGCUUGUGCAAGUCGGCCGAAAAUGGAAGCCUAACUUCAGUACAAAGCUCAGGUAGUGAUUCUAGCGCUACAUCCGUGGAACGUAAUGCGGUUAGUGACAUGGGUUCAGACCGAUCUAAUUCACCAAAUACAUGGAAACGUGGCACCAAUCUAAAUAGUUCCCAACAGUUUGUUCACAAUUCCGACCCUGCCUAUGCUCACGCACAAAAUUCUGCCGCAAUUGCAUCUGCUUUGGCCACUGGUGCAGUUGGUGUAGAGGAUCAUGCUAUGUCUUCGCAUACGAGUGCUGCUCAAUACGAGCAACAUGAGACACAGGAGCAUCAUCAAAUGAUUGCACCACCUGCGCAAGCUCCCAACUAUAAAGUUUCUGAAACGAUUCGGAAGCGCCAGUAUCGCGUUGGACUCAAUCUCUUCAACAAAAAGCCCGAGAAAGGUAUAACGUAUUUGAUACGUCGUGGUUUUCUGGAAAAUACGCCACAAGGCGUUGCUCGAUUCCUCAUUACUCGAAAGGGGCUGUCACGUCAGAUGAUUGGAGAAUAUUUGGGUAACUUGCAGAAUCCGUUCAAUAUGGCAGUACUCAAUUGUUUUGCCAUGGAACUGGAUUUGUCGGGAAUGCAGGUGGACGUGGCUCUGCGCAAGUUCCAGGCCUACUUCCGCAUGCCUGGCGAAGCUCAGAAAAUCGAACGUCUGAUGGAAGUCUUCUCCCAACGCUUUUGCCAAUGCAAUCAAGAUAUCGUAGGACGCCUACGAUCUUCAGAUACAAUUUUUGUACUAGCAUUUGCUAUUAUUAUGUUAAAUACCGAUCUUCAUACACCGAAUUUGAAACCAGAGCGGCGAAUGCGUGUGGAAGACUUUAUCAAAAACUUACGUGGCAUUGACGACUGUCAUGACAUUGACAAAGAUAUGUUAGCAGGUAUAUAUGAUCGUGUCAAGGCCAAUGAAUUCAAACCCGGCAGCGAUCACGUCACCCAGGUGAUGAAAGUGCAAGCGACAAUUGUUGGUAAAAAACCAAAUUUAGCUCUUCCACAUCGCCGGCUGGUGUGCUAUUGCCGCUUAUACGAAAUUCCCGACAUCAAUAAAAAGGAACGUCCUGGCGUUCACCAGCGUGAAGUUUUUCUUUUUAACGAUUUGCUAGUCAUAACGAAGAUUUUCAGCAAGAAGAAAUCAUCUGUAACAUAUACGUUUCGCAAUAGUUACCCACUAAGUGGCAUGGUUGUUACUCUAUUGGACGUACCCAAUUAUCCUUUCUGCAUUCAGUUGUCACAAAAGGUGGACGGCAAGAUUCUGGUCACCUUUAAUGCACGCAAUGAACAUGAUCGUUGCAAAUUCGCAGAGGAUUUAAAAGAGUCGAUUUGCGAAAUGGAUGAGAUGGAAGCUUUACGCAUAGAAGCCGAACUAGAGCGACAAAAAUCGGCUCGAACACGUGCCACUGGCAACUCUGAGAACCGCGAUAGUGGAGUGGCGGAUGUUGAAGUUUGUCCAUGCCCAUAUCAAACACCCCAGACGAAUGAGCAUGCACAAAAUACUGCAGACUCGUCGCAACAACUGAAAAGAAGCGCUCUCAGCAACAGUUUGUUGGAUAUACACGAACAAUUCGGUAGCGAUAAGCCACAGAGACGAGGCAGCGUUGGUUCUCUAGACAGCGGUAUGUCGAUAUCUUUUCAAUCAACUACAACCAGUAACGCAUCACGGGAAAACGCAGCAGUCAUUGCUGCCGCAGCCAAUGCCGCUGCCGCAAAACUGAGACUAGCUCCACCGGCUGCAAAUGUCGGUGGAUUGUAUAUUGCGCCCGGAAUGCAAGGUUACAAUCAAGUGAAUUACAUUCAUCCACAUACGGCUCAUAUGUUACAACAACAGCAACAACCAUCUCAGGCACCCGUAAGUGGCCGAAUUCCGGGACGUGAACGAAAACUUUCUCGGUCAGAAGAAAAUAGAUCCACAGAAGUCUAAACAAUUAAUAUCUCAUA